GUGAGCCAGGACGCGCGCUUUUGGUGGAAGUCUCGCGCAGACCCGCACGGACCCGCGCUAAACUCUGUCAGAGUGCGUUAAAGUGCAGCGGAAUGGCGCAGGCGCAGAAGAUCUACUUUUGCGGCAGUAUCCGCGGCGGGAGAGACGAUGUGCACGUGUACCAGCGCAUCGUGCACGUGCUCCGGACCUACGGCACCGUCCUGACCGAGCACGUGACCGACGGACAACUCACCGACACCGGUGAAGUUUCUGAGUCUGGAGACAAACAAAUCCACGACCGAGACCUGGACUGGCUCCGACAGAGUCACGUGGUGGUUGCCGAGGUGACGCAGCCGUCUCUGGGGGUGGGUUAUGAACUUGGCCGAGCGAAAGAUCUGAACAAACCUGUUCUGUGUCUCUUCAGACCCGAGUCCGGACGACGUUUGUCGGCGAUGAUCCGAGGAGCUGCAGACGGACAGAGGUUUGUGGUCCUGGACUACACCCAGGACCAGGUUGAGUCCAUCCUGAACCAGUACUUCUCCCAGAACAAGAUCUGAACCAGGACUGGACCAGGACUGGACCAGGACUGGACCAGGUGAGUCCGUCUGUUCUUCUGGUGAGGAUCACGUUUCUGACUCUGUGUUGGUGUUUCUCUGUCGCCCCCUGGUGGUUUUAAAAAUGAAGUCGACAAAAACACGACUCACGACGACGAGAA